AUGGUGAACCGAAAGCCGAACGUUGCGACCAGCAUUCCAGAGUGGGCCGACAAGAUUCGCCGGCAACUCGGCAUCAAGGGCACAGAUCCCGACCGGGACGACAAGAUCUGGGCCGCGGAUACUGCCGGCUGGUGUUUCUCCUCGGGCUCUGAUCUCGACGAGAAAGACUACCUGCUCCUCCGGGUUAUCUGGACCCAUCACGGCAAUAUCAACAAGCUCAGCGCUUUCAUUCGAAAUAACCCAGAGCUAGAGGGGGGGAGUACAAGGGAGAUAUAUGAGCGCAUCAAGCCCGAGCUUGAGGGGUACUUGGAGGACAUUCGGCCAAACAAAGAUGGGACUCGGCCGCGCUCCAGCUGCGGCAAGUAUUCGACUAUCAAAGAGUUCCACAACCGGAGCGAUGUGGCUGAAUUGUCAAAGAAAGUUCACAAAAAGUUCAAUCCUACAAUCUCCGCCUCCCCAUCCGCCACCGCCGCCUCCACCAAUUCCUUGGAUGAUGACGGUGCCUUUGCCUCUGGCGAUAUAACGACGUUGAUGGCAGAGACGAGCAUCUCGGGGCUUCCCGCCACACCUGUGAGACGGGGCCCGCAAGCCCAGCCUUCGAUGGAGACGCCGGUAGUGGCCACAUCAUAUCCGGUGGCAGGCGGCACGCAAAACCCCGCCACAACAGACGAGUACUACGUUAACAUGGCAAUCCUCGUGCUGCUGCAACAGCUCCUCUCGGACAUGAGAGAGCUCGCCACUGACGUUCCUAGGCGCCGGCUCGACUUUCUCGGCCUCCCCUUUGAGGACCUUGACUGGUUGGUGGACCGCCUAUCCUUAAAGUUGUACAGCCGCGAAUCUGGCGGCGAUCCCGUUGAGCUGAUGGAGGCCCGGGUGGACGGUUAUCUCUGCAAGAGGGGCUAUAAGCCAAAGCCAUGCGUCAGAAGGGCUGGAGCUUCCGCCAUUCGAUGGCAAGAGAGUGCAGAGAUGGCGUCCUGGGUGUCUAGCCUGGCUGAGGAGUCUGAACACUUCGGUUUGUUGCAGUCGUCGAGCAGUGGGAGAAAACGGCGCUUGCUACUAUCCCGAAACCGCGAAGAAAUAUACAUUACCAUCGCUGAAUACGGUGAGGCUUGGAAGCAGUACAUCCGUACCGGAAGCGCAUCGGGAUCGCCAAGCGCUCGCAAGAAAGGGGACGGCAUAGAUCUCGCUGGUUCGGACGUCUUUGUCCGAAACUCAAUCGCUGCCGUCCCCAAGGAAUUUGAAGAACAGGCCAAUGACGCAGAGAAGCACCUACCUGUCGACACGCCAAACCGCCCCCGCCUGACCCGCGCCCAGAAAGAGCUCAAGUUGCUAGAUAAUGGCCAUUUCUGCUUUAUGAAUCAGUGGGGACCCUUUUCUGCCAAGUCGGACAGCGACAUGGACCUUCUCUUGCGUCGGCUGAUCGGUUUCCACGUCCAGCUGCUAGCAACGGCUUCAGGACAGCCGAUUUAA